CCCCCGGCGGGGCGGGCUGCCCGCGCACUCCGUGCCCCUGCGGCAGGUUGGCGGGUCCGCGCCGAGCCGAGCCGGGACCCGCCGCCGGCCGCUAACUACGCCCCGCGCCGCUCGCCGCCCACUGCAGCGGGGCGGACCGGCCACACCGCCCUGCCCUGCCCUGCCCUGCCUUGCCCUGCCCUGCCCUGCCCUGCCUCGCCUCCCUCGGCCAGGCGGCAGCAGGCGCCGGCCAGCCCCCAGCCCCGGCCCCGGCGGGGCGGCCGCCCCGCUCCGCUCCGCUCCGCUCGCGCUCCCUGCGCUCCGCCCGCAGGUGUCCGCCGCCGCGAUGGGCACGGGCGCCGUGCCGGUGCUGCUGCUGCUGCUGCUGGGGCUGCUGCCGGGCGGCGCGGGCAGGAAGAGCUGGCGGCGGCGGGGGCAGGGGCAGGGGCAGGGGCAGGGGCAGCAGCAGCAGCAGCCCGGGGCGGCGGCGCGGGAACGGAGCGAGGCGGCCGGGCAGCCCGUGGAGAGCUUCCCGCUGGACUUCACCGCCGUGGAGGGCAACAUGGACAGCUUCAUGGCUCAGAUCAAGAGCCUGGCGCAGUCGCUCUACCCCUGCUCGGCACAGAACCUGCAGCACGAGCUGCGGCUCCACCUCCUGCACAACAGCUCGGUCACCUGCAACGACGGCAGCCCGGCCGGCUACUACCUCAAAGAAUCAAAAGGCAGUAGACGGUGGCUGCUGUUCCUGGAAGGUGGAUGGUACUGCUUCAACAGAGAGAACUGCAAUACCCGCUAUGAUACAAUGAGGAGGCUGAUGAGCUCCAACGAGUGGCCUCUCACCAAAACUGGAACUGGGAUCCUGUCAUCACAGCCAGAAGAAAACCCGCACUGGUGGAAUGCAAACAUGGUUUUCAUCCCCUAUUGCUCAAGCGACGUUUGGAGUGGUGCCUCUUCCAAGUCGGAAAAAAGUGAAUAUGCCUUCAUGGGAGCUCUCAUCAUACAAGAGGUUAUAAAGGAGCUGGUGGGAAAAGGCCUUAGCAAUGCAAAGGUGCUGCUGCUGGCAGGAAGCAGUGCUGGGGGGACUGGAGUGCUUCUGAAUGUGGAUCGAGUAGCAGAACAGCUGGAGGAGAUGGGUUAUCAAGGAAUUCAGGUUCGAGGGUUGGCAGACUCUGGCUGGUUCCUGGACAAUAAACAGUAUCGUAGAACUGACUGUAUUGAUACCAUAACCUGUGCCCCCACAGAAGCCAUCAGGAGAGGAAUCAGGUACUGGAAUGGCAUUGUUCCUGAACGCUGCAGAGUGCAAUUUAAGGAAGGAGAGGAGUGGAAUUGCUUCUUUGGCUAUAAAAUUUAUCCCACUCUUCGAUGUCCAGUCUUUGUGGUACAGUGGCUCUUUGAUGAAGCCCAGCUCACUGUAGACAACGUGCAUCUAACUGGACAGCCGGUCCAGGAGGGCCAGUGGCUCUACAUCCAGAACCUGGGUCGGGAGCUGAGGAAUACCCUGAAGGAUGUAGUUGCUAGCUUUGCUCCAGCCUGUUUGUCCCACGAGAUCAUUACACGCAAUCACUGGACAGACAUCCAGGUGAAAGGGACCUCCUUACCUCGCGCCCUGCACUGCUGGGACCGCAGCCUCCAUGAGAGCAACAAAAAUGGGAAAGCCCCUCUGAAAGGGUGCCCAAUCCAUCUGAUUGACAGCUGCCCGUGGCCCCACUGUAACCCCUCCUGCCCUACCAUCCGGGACCAGUUCACAGGGCAGGAGAUGAACGUGAUACAGUUCCUUAUGCACAUGGGCUUUGAUGUCCAGAAGAUGGCACAGCAGCAGGGCCUGGAGCCCAGUAAACUCCUGGGGAUGCUGAGCAGUGGUAGCUAGGAGGGUCCAGCGUGAAGAGGUGGACUGACCAGAUCAGGAGGAGCCUCUAAGUCCCUCUCCCAGCCCCGCUAGCCCCCUCUCAAUCUCACACAGACAUGCUUACAUACACACAUGCGCACUCACUUGCACACUUAGGAUGUGUCAAGAAAAAAUGAAUGGAUUCUUGCUUACGCUAUUGGACUAAAUAACUCGUUACCUCUACACUCCGUGGCCCCGUCUUGGCCAGCCAGAAGCUCCUUCCACGUUACACAAGGUGGUCUGGUGCAGAUAGCAGCAAAGCCAUAAACCCCAGUGGUGAGAACCUUCCUCAGAGCUAAGAGGCUUUUACCCUUGCCAUGAAUUUUUCACAUCACAGACUUACUACGCGUGGUGAAAAAAAGCACUGGAUUUCUUUGUCCAAUUAGAAAUGAAGGAAAGAUCACAUGACUUCCUGGAGGUCUGCAAAUCAUAAUGUAAUGCAAUGUACAACCAAGGACACGUGCUAGGAAUGGACACUUAUACUCAAUUUACUUCUUUAUUAUUUUAUAAGAUGACUUUUUUAUUACUUAAUUUUUUUAAAAAUAAGCAAGAAAUAUAAAAUUAAUGAUAUUGUUUUGUAACAUAUUUUUUUUAAAUAAUGAAAAACCUCUUGCUACUUUGGCAAUGUGGACAUAUUUAUUUUAGUAUGUAAAUGAUAUUUAUAAGAGCUGAAUGGAGAACUGCUCACAUGUCUUUGUAAAGUUGUAAAUGCUGCUCUGUUGGAUGGGUUUUCCUUGUGAUUGCUUGUGUUUGGGAGAGGGCCGAGGGCAGUAUUGACAUUAUUAUAAUUACUAGACUCCCA